CUCACUGGCCUUUAUCUUUGGGGAGUUUUUUUCUACAUCAUUUGUAAAGGAAAUGCGCCCUCCAAAAAUCCACCUCUAAGUGUCGGAAUGAAUAAUGCACUCGUUACCGACGCAUCGUUUUAACCCUUGAUAGUAGCAUACCCGCGCUGAAACUUAUCGUUUGAAAAAAAAAUUGUUCUGGAAAGCGCAUAACAUCUGCCUUCGCGAGUCUGAUGUUGUCGCCGAACCAAGACGAACAUGCCCACUCUAAAGAUCCGGUGAAAUACGGAGAAUUGGUGAUUCUUGGGUAUAAUGGCUCGCUGCCGGGGGGUGACCGAGGCCGCAAGAAGAGCCGCUUCGCUCUCUACAGACGGGCCAAAGCCAACGGAGUCCGGCCCAGCACUGUACACAUCCUCACCAACCCACAGGACAGCAAGGUGAGUGAGUGUGUACACAUCCUCACCAACCCACAAGACAGCAAGGCGGUCAACAGCAAGGGCCACCACAGCAUCUCCUUCACUCUGUCCCGUAACCAGACAGUGGUGGUCGAGUACUGCCAUGACCCGGACACAGACAUGUUCCAGAUUGGCCGCUCCACGGAGAGCCCGAUUGACUUUGUGGUGACGGACACGGCGGGGGUUUCCAAGGAGACGGAGGACUCGUCGGUGUCGCCCAGCACCAUCUCACGCUUCGCCUGCCGUGUGGUGUGCCAACGCCACCCCCCCUACACCGCCCGCAUCUACGCCGCCGGAUUCGACUCCUCCAAGAACAUCUUCCUCGGGGAGAAGGCCACUAAGUGGAAGAACCCUGACGGUCACAUGGACGGGCUGACCACCAAUGGCGUGCUGGUGAUGCAUCCCGAGGGUUUCCCUGACGACUCCAAGCAGGGGGCGUGGCGUGAGAUCUCCGUGUGCGGCGACGUCUACACACUACGGGAGACGCGCUCGGGACCUGUACGGGGACAACUGGCUCAGGGCGAGAGCAGCGCGCUGCAGGACGGCUCGCUGGUGGACCUGUGCGGCGCCACGCUGCUGUGGCGCACGGCCGAGGGUCUGCUGCGCGCGCCCACCCUGCGCCACCUGGACGCGCUGCGGCUGGAGCUGAACGCCGGGCGCCCGCAGUGCCCCGUGGGCCUCAACACGCUGGCCUUCCCCAGCCUGCCGCGCAGCCACAGCCUGGAGGAGCGCCAGCCCUGGGUCUACCUGGCCUGCGGGCACGUGCACGGGCGCCACGACUGGGGCCAGCGGCCGGAGCGCCACCGCGAGGAGGGCGGCGGCGGGGGCGGCGGCGGGGAGGACGGCGGGGGCGGCGCGGGCGUCGGGGGCAACCGCGAGUGCCCGCUGUGCCGCUCCGUGGGGCCGUACGUGCCGCUGUGGCUGGGCAGCGAGCCGGCGCUCUACGUGGACGCGGGCGCCCCCACACACACCUUCACGCCCUGCGGGCACGUCUGCUCGGAGCGCACGGCGCGCUACUGGGCCGACACGCCGCUGCCCCACGGCACACACGCCUUCCGCCCCACAUGCCCCUUCUGCUCCACGCCGCUCGCGCCCGCGGCAGGCUUCUCCCGCCUCAUCUUCCAGGGCCCCGUGGACUGACCCAACCCCCCCACCCCCCCAGGACCCCGUGGACUGACCCAACAGCACCACCCCCCC